AUGCUGCAGGUAGGAUUCCGACCCGAAAACAUCAUGAUCGCGGCCACGCAGUCCGAGGGCAGCGCGUAUCAUCGCUCAUCACUGCCUCAUGCUUCCACAACAAGUUCGGUAACGUCGUCAGAGCAAUGGACGUCUGCCCGAUCAUCGGCUUCUGCUACCCCCACAUUAAUCCAACCACCUCCCACAUCAGCUCGCGGGGCCACACCAACAACAACGGUAUUUAGACACCACCCAUCAUCAUCAACAUCAUCAUCGGCAUCGCAUUCUUCAACGCCAAUACACCAACAGAAUUCCCAUCCCGAACAACCACAUCCCACAUCCACCCCUGCCACACCUUCUCCCAGAUCAAGACAAUCACCAGCACGAUCGGGACGAAGAUCAGAGGACUCGGCACCCGUCAUUCUACAGAAUUUAUCACAAGUAGUCGAGUUGCCUAGAGAAGAACCUUUACCGCAUUCCCCGUCUCGGAGGAAUCGCAACGGGGAAGAAGACAGGAAGCGGUACGAGAUCAGCGGAAUGCCAGUAACGGAUGUAAUAGAGAUGGUAGCGGGUCUUUUAACAAAGAUCACAACCACAAACGAUCAACAACAUUCACAAAUGCACCGCAUACCUCCGCCAGAAACCGGUGGUAUGAGCAAUACCACAAACAGCGUUCUAGCAUUCCACGGGAAAAAUGUUCCCAGCAUAACAAUUCUCAGCUACCUAUCUCGGAUACAUAAAUACUGCCCAACAACAUACGAAGUGUUUCUAUCGUUGUUAGUUUACUUUGAUCGCAUGACUGAAAGAGUGAACAGAAACCCACCAUUGAACUGGAAGGGAGGGUCCACAGUCUCAAAUGGGGAACUCAGCUCUCCUGGUGUCAUUGCCUCCGACCCAUACAAUUUCUCACAUUUUUUCGUAGUAGACAGCUUCAAUAUUCAUAGGCUUGUCAUUGCUGGCGUAACAUGUGCUUCGAAGUUCUUCUCUGAUGUGUUCUACACCAACUCUAGAUAUGCAAAAGUUGGCGGUUUACCAUUACAAGAACUAAACCAUCUGGAGCUUCAAUUUCUCAUUCUCAAUGAUUUCCGACUUGCCGUGCCCGUAGAGGAGCUGGAGGCAUAUGGGACAAUGCUGGUGCAGUUUUAUGCACGAGAAGCAGUGGCCAAUGCGGAUCUUAGAGGGAUAGGACCUCCAGCGGACCCAGCGGCGAAUUGA